AUGCUUCGUUUGCAGAAAAGACUUGCCGCUUCCGUACUUCGUUGCGGAAAGGGCCGUGUUUGGCUCGACCCAAACGAGUCCAGCGAAAUUGCCAUGGCCAACUCCAGGUUUAGUGUUAGAAAACUCAUAAGCGACGGUCUAAUAAUAAAGAAAGGAGUUGCUCCGCAUAGUAGAUCUAGGAUCAGGCUUUAUCAUCUCGCCAAGAGGAUGGGUAGACAUACCGGUAUUGGUAAGAGGAAGGGUUCCAAAGGUGUUAGACAGCCUGCAAAGCUGCUCUGGAUGAGGCGUCAGCGUGUUUUAAGGCGUUUGUUGAGAAAGUUGAGGGACUCUAAGAAAAUCGACUCCCACAUGUACCACAACUUUUACAUGAGGUGUAAAGGUAACCAGUUUAAGAACAAGCGUGUUCUUCUAGAGGCAAUACACUCUCAGAAGAACUCUUGGGUUAAACAGAAGGCUGAAAACGAACUUGUCGAGGCGCUGAGAGCCAAGUCGAAGAUGCUAAAGGAGAAGAGGAAAGCCAGACUUUCCGCCAUGUAA